AUGCCUGCUAGUGCCAUCACCUACAUUCCUUUUGACGAGCUCGACGACCGCUUCACCAAUGCACAUCGAUUCGGGCGUCCUCGUCGCCCAGAGGUUCUGCUCCUGCGGCCGAACCAAAAGAAGUUACUUCUCCUAUGUCCGUUGCUGCCACCUAGCCCAACAUUCGCCGAUGAUCCAUCCAAAGGCAAAAGACUGAGGCUACCCGCCGAGGCCUGGCAAAGAGUGUUGCUCUUUGCAAUGCAAGCCGAACACGAUGAAGGCUUACGUCGAGGGCCUACAGAUGUGGGGAAAGUCAGAUACUUAUUGAUCUGCAAGUCGUUCCAAGCCCUAGCCACACCUCUGCUAUACUCAUCGGUUCGGAUCUACUCUCUACGCGGACUCGAACUUUUCGCGAAUACACUCGCCAACGCCGAUGCGAAGUGGGACUCGAUUCGACGAAUCCCUUAUUCCACACCCGGACGUUGGGUACAGAGUCUUUCUUUGGCGCAGCUAGCACCAUGCUCCUCGCUUGCGGUCGACUCGAAUCUUGUCCGUGCGCUUCCUGUAAUGCCUUUCCUCACGACCAUCGAAUUGGAUGGUCGGUACGUAAUGAGUUGGCGAGUGGCGGCCCUUAUCCCCCGAUCUCUCAAGGUUCUUUGCGGCAUACGUGUCAAAGAAGAGAUUCGAUUUGAAGGUCUGAAGAGCUCCGAGGACGAUGCACUCACUGCGCUUGUGCGUUCGCUACCGUUACUCGAGGAGCUUAGUGUUGAGGGGCCAGGGUUGGAUAUCGAAGAAGACGAAGUGUUCGAGGAUGAGGGCCCAGAGGAGUCACGAACGAAUUGGGAUCAGGCCCUCCUACCCAACCUGAAGCAGUUGACUCUGCUCGAUUGCCCAUAUACACCUAUCUAUCGAAUGCUCACUCGGGCUUCGCUCCCCGCUCUCCGGGACCUGACUCUGACAACAACUCCAACCAUUCAAGUCGAGGCUCCCGGCCCUGAACCUGGAGCCGCCCCUGCGCCUACUACAGACUUUUCCGCAUUCAACCACUCUACCCCUACGACUGUAUUCCUUGAACAUCAUGGCAGCCAAGUCCAUAGACUUUCACUUGUUCCAACUCAACAGUGGCCACCUGCCCCUGCACCGGCCCCCGAAGAUCUACUUUUACAAUGCCCCGAAAUUCGCGAACUGACUCUGUGCAUGCCGCUUCCUUUGCGACUCUUACCCCCAGAAUCGAGCAAACCUCGGGGUGCGGCCCCAGUUUCCCCCUUGCUUGCUCGCCUGGCCCUAUCUCCUGAGCCGGGUGCUCGCCCCCCGACACCACCACCUCCAUCAACCAGUCCCACCCCAUCCUAUCCGCUCAGUACCCUUAUCAUUCCCGUCCCCACCCACGCGUUCCUUGCAUGUCUCACCAGCCCAUCACUCCAGAACUUGCGUGAGGUCCGAUUCAGUUCGGCAAAAUGGCUUCGCAAAGGGAUGGGUAGGACCGCUCAGGGUGCGGGGGUAAAUGGGGAAAUGAUGCGCUGGAGGCGGGAAUUGAAGCGGGGUGGGAUCAAAGUUUUAGAUUCUGAAGGUAAAGAAGAGAUUGAGGAACCUAUGGUAUCAAGUCGUUCGAUGAUUGGCAUAUCCAGCCGAGGCAGUCGAGGCGGGGAAAUCUUCAAACAAAAGGGUGUAACUGGCGCGAGACAUGUGGUCUCUGGCCCUUCAUUUGUCUCAGUAGCUCUCUGGGUUGCGCGUAGACGCGCCUUGACUUCACCCAGCGCAACGAUGAGCACAAAACGAACUGAGCCCCCCUCCCCUUCUGCGGCUCCUCGCCCCAGUAAGAUUGCGAACACCGACUCGGAAGCUGCCCCCCCUCCAGCACCAGUUUCUCAUUUGCUCAUCAAGCGCUUGAGCGAAAAAGCCAAGCUCCCGACGCGGGGAAGCGCGCUUGCUGCUGGAUAUGACUUGUACAGUGCCGAGCAAAAAACCAUUCCUGCCCGAGGAAAGGCAUUAGUCGAUACUCAAAUUUCAAUCGCGGUGCCUGUUGGCACCUAUGGGCGCGUGGCGCCGAGGAGCGGUCUCGCCUCCAAGUUUAUGAUUGAUACAGGUGCUGGAGUUAUUGAUGCCGACUACCGAGGAGUCGUUUUUGUUUUACUAUUCAAUCACUCUGACCAGGAUUUCCAGGUGGAGGAAGGUGAUCGUAUUGCUCAGUUGAUCAUUGAAAAAAUCCAAACGCCUGAAGUCAUGGAAGUUCAGGACCUCGAAGAGACCCUGCGUGGAGCUGGUGGGUUCGGUUCAACUGGAGGGCAUGGGUCUCUUUAA